AUGGCGGCGGCGGAGCCCGCGAGCUCCGGCCAGCAGGCGCCGCAGGGGCAGGGCCAGCGGCCGCAGCCGCAAUCGCCCCAGCCUCAGCCUCCACAGCAGCCUUCGCAGCAGCAGCUCGGGAGCGGCAGCAGCCGGCACGAGAAGAGCCUGGGGCUGCUCACCACCAAAUUUGUGUCUCUGCUGCAGGAGGCCAAGGACGGCGUCCUAGAUCUCAAAGCGGCUGCAGAUACUUUGGCUGUGAGGCAAAAAAGAAGAAUUUAUGAUAUCACCAAUGUCUUAGAAGGAAUUGAUCUGAUUGAAAAAAAGUCAAAAAACAGCAUCCAGUGGAAAGGUGUAGGUGCUGGCUGUAAUACUAAAGAAGUCAUCGAUAGAUUAAGGUAUCUAAAAGCUGAAAUUGAAGAUCUAGAAUUGAAGGAAAGAGAACUUGAUCAGCAGAAGUUGUGGCUACAGCAGAGCAUCAAAAAUGUGAUGGACGACUCCAUUAACAAUAGGUUUUCCUAUGUAACUCAUGAAGACAUCUGUAAUUGCUUUAAUGGUGAUACACUUUUGGCCAUUCAGGCACCUUCUGGUACUCAGCUGGAGGUCCCUAUUCCAGAAAUGGGCCAGAAUGGACAAAAGAAAUACCAGAUCAACCUAAAGAGUCAUUCAGGACCCAUCCAUGUGCUACUUAUAAAUAAAGAGUCCAGUUCCUCGAAGCCUGUGGUGUUUCCUGUUCCUCCACCUGAUGACAUCACACAGCCCUCCAGUCAGCCCUUGACUCCCGUGACUCCACAGAAACUCAACACCGCAACUCAGAAUCAGCCUGAGCAACAUGUCUCCGAAAGAAGCCAAAACCUUCAGCAGACUCCAGUUACAGACAUAGCUUCAGCAGGAUCUAUUAGUGGAGAUAUCAUUGAUGAAUUAAUGUCUUCCGAUGUGUUUCCUCUCUUACGGCUUUCUCCUACCCCAGCAGAUGACUACAACUUUAAUUUAGAUGAUAAUGAAGGAGUCUGUGAUCUGUUUGAUGUGCAGAUACUAAAUUAUUAG